AAGCGAGAGACCAAGGUUACUUUCCCGGGUGAGACUGCGCCGACGUUACAGUAAGGCUCGAGCAGCCGUCGUCGCUGGACCGUCGGACCGUUCUCCUCCUCCACGACGCCCUCUGUAGUACGUUCUAGCUGAAAGGAAGCCAUUGUCGGAAAACCCGUAAACAGCAAGAGAGACUAUGAGGCGAAAGAUGCUCUCCUCAGCGGCGUCCCUCUCGGUCCUCUUCGCCGCCUUGCUCCUGCCGGCGGGGGUCGCGGCCUCCUCUCGCGUCGAACUCGUCAACAACGGCUACGAGAACCUGGUGGUCGGCAUCUCCCCGAGUCUGCCCGAGAGUGAGGGAGCCACUCUCAUACCCAUUAUCAAGGAUGCGAUCAAGAAAGCCUCUGAGGUCCUUUUUACCGCUACCCGCAGUAGGGCCUUCUUCAGGGAUGUGCGCAUCGUGAUCCCGAAGUCGUGGUCGAACACGGAUACGGACGAGGUCGCUGUGUUCGAGUCUUUUAAGGAAAGCGAGCUACGAAUAGACAACCCAAACCCUGUGUAUGAGAACCAGCCGUACACGAGACAACCCGGAGAGUGUGGCGACCCAGGCGAAUUCAUCCAUAUGACACCAGCUUACCUUAAGGAGCAGGUUUACUCUUAUUACUACGGGCCACCAGCCAAGGUCCUCGUGAUGGAGUGGGCCAGACUGCGUUGGGGAGUGUACGACGAAAUCGGGUACAGCGGCGACCCCAAAUACCCCAUCUUCUUUUCGCUGCCGAGAGAGGUCGCCGACGGCCGCACCGACGUCCAGAACCAGGUCGUGUAUCAGGUGAACGUUUGUACGGACACCUACCUCAACGGGAAGGAAAGGAUGUGGUUCGACGAAUCGAUGCGGUGCACGUACACCCACGAGGGCCUCCCGGACGGCGACUGCGUCUUCUUCCCCGACGCCAACCAGACCGCCACGUCGUCGCUCAUGUCGUUCCCGUCUUUAGCGAUACGCUGGUCGAAUUCUGCGACGACCACACGCACAACAGCCUCGCCAAGACCAAGCAGAAACGACCGGUGCGACGGGCAAUCGGUCUGGGAGGUGAUGCUGCAACACUCCGACUUCAAGGGAAAUGCUAACCCAGCGAUCUCUCAGGCGGAGGAACCCAACAUCAAAGUGGUCAGAGAAACCGACGCCGAUUAUGUCUUGGUACUCGACUAUUCAGGCAGUAUGUCGACCGCUGACAGAAUGGUCAAACUCCAGCUAGCGGCGCAGAGAUGGUUGCUUCACGAGGUGCCGUUGUACAGCUCGGUGGCCAUUGUGAGGUUUGAUAGCACCGCCUCCCUCCUCGCCCCGCUGACGAAGAUCGUGGGAGAAACAGAGAGGAAGUCCCUGGCGAAUCAGAUUCACACGAAUAAUAAUGGCGGAACGAGCAUCGGCGCUGGGUUGAAGAUGGCUGUUGAGCUGUUGGAGGGACGGUCGGACAAGAACGUCUUCCUCAUCACAGACGGAGAGGAGAAUGAAGCACCGAUGAUAGCCGAUGUGAUGGACGAAAUCAUCAGCAAGAAACUUUGCGUCAGCACCUUGGCUCUGGGGGGCAACGCCGCGAAGGACCUCGAGAAGCUAGGGGACCUCACCAAGUGCCCCUCCUUCACCGUCAACGACAACGACGUGUCCAACGCCCUCGAGAAUGCUUUCGAGGGCGUCUCCACCCGCCAGCAGUCGGUCAGUCUGGAGGAAUCCUUCAUCAAGAUCGAGGAGACACCGAAGAUCCAAACACCUACCCCGGAAUACGAAGGCUCAUUCUUUGUGGACAGCACCGUCGGCAUGAACCUGACUUUCCGCUUGAAGACAGACGCGAAGAGCCACGUUUUAAGCGGACCCUCCCUUAUCAAGCCCGACGGC